AUGCCUUUCGGGUUUCUAUAUAAGCCACAUGGGAAGCAUCUUAAUGCUGGGAAGAUGGUUGUUAGGCCUAAGGAAGCUUCAGAAAUACUUAAUGAACUGGAUGUCAAGAGAAUAUCAGAGGUUGAAUUGUAUUUGGUCCUACCUGAGGCUACAUUUGGUUUGGAAUGGAAGGAAGACCCCACUGCAGUACCCCAUAUACCUGACCCUCCCCCUAAAAUAUUAAGGAGAUGUGUGAUUGACGAUAUGUAUAGUUAUGACAGUAUUGUUUUUCUUCUUGCAGAAAAGCUUCUUGUAUUGUUGCGAGAUGGGAGAAAGCUUUUGGGUUUACUGAGAUCUUUUGAUCAAUUUGCUAAUGUUAUUCUUGAAGGUGCCUGUGAACGAGCUAUUGUUGGUGAUCUUUACUGUGACAUUCCACUAGGUCUAUAUGUAAUUCGAGGCGAAAAUGUGGUGUUGAUUGGAGAGCUGGACUUGGAUAGGGAGGAGCUUCCCCCACAUAUGACUCGAGUCUCAGUAGAAGAGAUAAAAAGGGCUCAGAAAGCAGAGAAGGAUGCCAGUGAUCUCAAGGGUACCAUGAGAAAGAGAAUGGAGUUUCUUGAUUUUGAUUAAACCUGUUAUGGGCUCCUAUUAUAUCUUUCAUAUAUGAGUGAAAUGAUCAGUAAGAGUCUGGGACUAAGCAGAUCAAUUUCGUCUCAAGAAGAGGAAUUUCAGAAGAAAGUUGCAGCAGCACUGAGGGCUCCGUUUACAGAUGUCAGGGAAAAAUAUGCAAAUUGUGUACCUCUUGGAGGUCAUUGUUUGUGGUAUCUUUUUCCUCCAUUGCAUGUUAUUUUUUACUUGAUACAUGCCAUUAAUGUAAUUGGGUCUAAAUGCGU